AUGCGUGAAUCGCGACACCAAAAAUUCGUGUGGACCAUCCGUCACGAUUGCGCACUUGUAGACUCAGUGCUGGCGCUGGGAGACAUGCUAGCGGAUCCCAUCCGUUCAUAUCCAAGAACCAAGUUUUGGGCAAGUGUGAGUGAUGAGCUGCAUCUGACGCAUCAAUUGGCACGCAACAGUCGGCAAUGCCGGGACCGUUUCAAUCUAUUGUUCUCACGCGCAUUGCUGGUACCUGCAGAACUGCGGCGAUCACCCCCAUUGUCUUCGAAUCCGCUGCCUGCCAGCGUUGCUGCCGGGCCUAUAUCACGUGGGACGGUAUACGACGAGUCAUCAGAGGCUGACUUACCCAUACCGUCAGAAAUGGUACUUGAGUCCAGACUACAAAUGUGCGUGCGACGGUUUCGAUUUGGCAAUGGAAGAAGCCUGGAGCUGAACAACAGCGGCAAUCUCAAUAAUAAUAUCAACAACAACAACAACAACAACAACAGCAGCAACAACAGCAAUAAUCUUAGCAUCAUCAACGCGAGCAACGCAGCAGCAGCAGCAGACCGUCUCGCUACCACCAUUGCUUCACAUGGCCCGGUUCUGGAAAGCCCACCGCCACCACCGCGAACGGGAGCUCUUCAUGAACUAAUACACCCACCGGAUUCGCCAUCGCAGACGACCGUAGCACGGCCGGAAGCACGGUUUGCGGAUCUGGCCCUCAUACACUCACAGCUGCACCAUGUGCAUUCUGUGUUGGGCACACUCACGACAGAUGUAGCACAACUCAAGGCUCAAGUUACGCAAUUGCAGCAGUGUCUUUCGCAGCGUGACGGCGGUGACGAGAGCGGCUGUGCUAAGCAAGAAUGA